AUGAGUACUCGGCUGAGACAGCCAUUUGGUGGUACACACAUGGGAGAAUAUGAGAAAGCAGAAGAGUUUUAUCUGAUGAUGCUUGAGACUAGUAGUGAGAAUGAUCGUGAUGUUGCAGCUAUUUAUAGCAAUCUUGGAAAUAGUUAUUGGGAAAGAGGCAACAAUGAGCAGGCAUUAGUUUAUUAUAACAAGUGUCUGGAGAUGAAACUGAAAUCCUUGCCUGCAAAUUCACCAUCACUAGCCACAACAUACAGUAACAUUGGCAAUGCUUACAGUGCAAAUGGUGAUUUUGAUCACGCACUGAUGAACAUGGAAAAGGCACUGAAAAUACAAGAGAAAUCUCUUUCGUCAGAUGAUCCAUCUCUUGCGAUAACGUACAACAAUAUUGGAGGAGUGUAUAAUGGAAAGAUGGAGUAUGACAAGGCUCUAGAAUACUAUCGAAAAUGCUUGAAUAUUCGGAAAGGAGUUCUCCCUGCGAAUCAUCCAUCGUUGGCAACUACAUAUAACAACAUUGGUGGUGUGCAUUAUGAGAGAAAUGAGUAUGCACAAGCACUGAAAUAUUAUCAUAUGACACUGGAGACACGUCUAAGUUCGUUACCACCAGCACAUCCUUUACUGGCAGUGUCAUACUGGUGGAUUGGAAAAGUGUAUGAGAAUCAAAAAAACUACUCGAAAGCAUUAGAAAAUGUGACUGUAGCUUAUGAAAUUGCGAAAAGAUCGAAGCAGCAAUAA